AUGUCUCCGCGAUCAAGCACAGACAUAUCUCACCCAAACCUCGAAAAGGAGAACCCGGACAACCCCAUGAUUCCCGAAACAACUAAUAAAAGCAACAAUGAAAUCGACCGCACAGAAUCCGAAGAUGUAACUUACGCCCCAAUAAACUCUCCUCUCGCCCACGACAAUCGCGAACCGCUUCAAAAACAGCAUUCUAAUGCAUCUAGAUCAGUUGCGUCCAGGUCUCUGGAGCGCAGCUGGUCUUUAAACGACGGCGUCAGUAUUUGCGGCCAUGAAAUCGCCGACGAGGCUGCGGUGGCGACUGAGGACACAGCAUACACUGUGAGCUGGGAGGAGAAAGAUCCCAUGAACCCGCGCAAUAUGAGUAAGCCGCGGCGCUGGUUAAUUGUUUGCAUUGUCUCUAUGGGUUCGCUUUGUGUGACUUGUACUUCGUCGAUGUAUACCACGACUUACAGUCAAAUCAUGGAAGAAUUUGGGUGUUCGCAGAUAGUUGCGACUUUGGGGUUGUCUUUUUUCAUUUGGGGUCUUGGAAUUGGCCCACUCGUCUUGAGUCCUUUGUCUGAGUUCUAUGGCCGAAGAAACAUUUACAUCGUUUCUUUUUCGCUUUUUCUCAUAUGGCUUAUUCCAUGUGCUGUGGCCAAGAACACUCAAACCAUGCUCGUUUCUCGGUUCUUCAAUGGGUUGGCUGGAAGUGCCUUUUUGAGCGUAGCUGGAGGCACUGUUGGAGAUAUCUUUGACCGCCAUGAGCUUGCCCUUCCCAUGAUGCUCUACACUGCGAGUCCAUUCGUGGGGCCCGAAGUUGGCCCUCUGGUCGGUGGCUUCAUCAAUGCCUUUACAACAUGGCGCUGGACGUUCUAUGUACUCCUCAUUUGGACUGGAGUGCUGCUCGUCUCAAUUAUAUUAUUUGUCCCAGAGACCUAUCACCCAGUACUCUUGAGGCGCAAGGCUGAGAAACUCCGCAAGGACACUGGGGAUAAUCGAUGGGUAGCUCCGAUCGAGAAGAUGGAGCACACAGUGGCCCAAACGGUGACAAGAUCAAUGUGGAGACCCCUCCUUCUCUUGGCAUUGGAGCCAAUGUGUCUAUGCCUUUGCCUUUUCUCGGCCAUUUUAUUAGGCAUUCUGUACCUCUUCUUCGGUGCCUUCCAGCUCGUCUUCUCUGAGGUGUAUGGGAUGGUUAUCUGGCAGCGUGGCCUUUGCUUCCUCGGUCUAUUUGUUGGAAUGGUCAUCGCCAUCCUGUCAGAUCCGCUCUGGCGCCGAAACUAUAUCCGUCUGGAGCGCAACCAUGAGCAAGCGACGAACAAGUUCGAUGAUUUCCAGCCCGAGUGGCGACUGCCUCAAGCAAUUUUGGGAGGACCCUUGGUCACAAUAGGCCUUUUCAUAUUUUCAUGGACGAUCUACCCCCAUGUACAUUGGAUUGUGCCUAUCAUUGGUAGUGGUCUAUUUGGUGCAGGAACAAUCCUGGUGUUCUCAGGCGUCUUCACCUUCCUAGUCGAUGCAUAUCCCACAUAUGCCGCCAGUGCACUGGCAGCGAACAGUUUCAGUCGCUCUUCGUUUGGAGGCAUCUUCCCAUUAUUUGGAAUUCAAAUGUACAACAACUUAGGAUUUCACUGGGCGACAUCGUUGCUUGCGUUCCUGACCCUCGUCAUGACCCCUUUCCCUUAUCUCUUCUAUCGAUACGGAAGCUGGAUUCGAACCAAGAGUCGGUUUGCGAAAUCGCAGAGGUGA